AUGAAAUAUAUGAAGGAUGAAACUUCUAAGGUGGCCUCACAUCGAGUUAGACCAUUUGAUUGUCACGAUUACAGCUUCAUUGUUGAUGAGACAAUGGAUCACAACGAGGGUCGGCCAAUGGGACACUACAGGGUGGAACUUCAUAAAAAUUGGUACGAUUGUGAAAAGUUUCAAACCUUCUGCAUGCCUUGUUCACAUGUCAUUUCCGCAUGUUCCAGUGCUCGUCACGAUCCAUUCUUGCAGCUAUCAGAAGUUUACAAGGUCGUGAACUUAUUCGGUAUCUACAAUAACAGUUUUCCAAUGGUAGCUAGUGAGGAAUAUUGGCCAACCUAUCAUGGAGACACAAUCUACCACAACGAAAAUAUGAGAAGAAACAAAAAGGGUCGCCCCAAAAGCACGCGAAUUACAACUGAAAUGGAUACAACUGAGAAAAUGGAAAGACUAUGCGGAAUAUGUCGUCUUCCCGGGCAUACGAGGAAUAAUUGUCCAAAUGUUGGAACAAGUUCUAGAUAUAUUUAA